AAUGACAUUUGUAAAGCUGAUUUCUUAGUUGCUUCAUUUGUUUUGCCCAAUUCGAUUAUUGCAUUUAAGAACUACGAAAAAUAUGGAAUUUCCACCGUGUCCAUUAACUUUAAAACAAAUUCAGCAUUUUCUGAAGAUCGCACAGGAGCAUGAUUCACGUGAUAUUGUUGUGGCGUAUUGGGCGCGGCUCUACGCACUACAAAUUGGCUUAAAAAUCUCAACCCAACAACCAGAUGAAACCAAAUUACUAUUGGGAAUAAUGGAUUGGUUGGAAACCACAAAAAAACAACAUGCGGAAAAUGAAGCCAUUACUAACGAGGUAGCCGCACAGGCACAUUUGGAAAAUUAUGCUUUAAAACUAUUUCUUUAUGCUGAUAAACAAGACCGCGAAUCGAAUUUCGGCAAGAAUGUCGUAAAAGCAUUUUACUCCAGCGGUGUCAUCUACGAUGUACUCCAAACAUUUGGUGAACUCUCCGAGGAAUCUAUACACAAUCGUAAAUAUGCCAAAUGGAAGGCAGCAUACAUACAUAAUUGCCUCAAAAAUGGUGAGACACCAAUAGCCGGUCCAAUGCCAGAUGAUGAUGAUGAGUUCUCAGCUGCCGCCGGUGCUGUAGGUGGAAAUGGUGGUGAUGGCUCAGCUGAAGGUGAAGGUGAUCCUGAAAUUACUGCUAUACCACAAGAUCCACCAGCCGAUGAGCCAACUGGUCCAGCACCGAUACCAGAUCCAUCACCACCGCACAGCCCUCCACCUACAGCUGAUGAGGUACUCAAUAAUCCAAACAAAUUACCAAGUCCACCAGUUGAUGAAGAGAAACCUGGUGGCUUCGAGCCUUAUGUACCGCAAGCACAGCCAAGUCGAAUAUACAUACCGCCAACACCAGUUGCUGAUUUGCAAUUAACACCCGAACAAAUAAUGAAAGCACAGAAAUAUACGAAAUUUGCUGGCACUGCUCUUAAUUUUGACGAUGUGAAAACAGCAAUUGAUAAUUUACAAAAAGCUUUAAAACUGUUAACAACGGGUGAGGAUAGUUAAAUGCUUUCCGUAAAAGGUAUUAUUGCUUUACAAAUCACGUAUGUAUGUAGUUGCGCUGUGCUUAUAAGUCAUAUAAAUAUAUCUAAACUCACUAAAUUUGUUUAUUAUAUAUUAUCCAAUAUAUUAAGUACUAAAAAGGAAUUAUUGUUUGAAAUAAGAGAUAAAUAUUAAAAUAAAAUGCAAAGCUUCUAAUGCUCAA